AUGUCCAAUGCAGCGGAAAAAGAUGAAAUCCUUCGUCUUCAAUCGAUCGCUAAAUUUCUCGACGGUUAUGUUAUACUUGCUCUAAUUGUUAUCGGUACGAUAGGAAAUGUAACCAAUAUCAUCGUUUUCCUUCGACAUCGUUCACUUCGUCGUAUGUCAAACUGUAUUUUCUUGAUCAUGUUUUCCAUAAGUAAUUUAACAUCUUUAUGGUCAUCUCGUUUCCCACGUAGUAUUCUUACUAUUACCAGUAUCGAUGUAUUAGCUGCUUCGAUCUUUUACUGCAAGUUUCGAUGGCUUUUUGGACGUUGGAGUUUCUACAUGUCAUACAUAUAUCUUUGUUUAUCUUGCAUUGAUCGAUAUCUAAACACUUCUCGUCAUGAAACAUUCCGACGUUUAGUUUCUUUCAAGCGAGCUGUAUUUGUUACAGUUCUCAUCAGUUUAAUUUACUUCAUAAUCUUUGUACCUGAUGCAGUUUAUUAUUCCGGAUAUGAAUGUACAGCAUCAAGCAGUGAUCGUGCGAUAUACCAACGAUUUAUUAAUUAUUUUAAUUUAGUUAUGUGCAGCACUGUUCCUAUGGUUAUUCUAGGUACGUUUUCUUUAUUGACGUGGUAUAAUCUUUAUUCAACACGAAACAGUCCACGUACGACAUUUUAUCGUCAAGUUAAUUUGAUGAUGAUAGUCGAAUUCACUGUCAUAUUUAUCGGUGUAACACCAAACUUUGUAUUCAAUAUUUACACAGAAAUUACUCAAUCGAUGGUUAAAUCAAGAUUAAGAACGGCGCAAGAAACUGUUUGGAGAAACGCGUGUGUUGUUUGUAGCUUUUCAUUGUAUAUCGGAACGUUCUAUAUUUAUUUCAUGAUCUCCAAUGCAUUUAGACAAAAUGUCAGAGCAGCUCUUUGUUUUAGAAAACUCAAUCAAAUUGGAAUACAAACAGCACCCGUGCAAUAUAUGAGAACUACUCACUGA